AAGUCGUACCCAGACUCGGAACCGAUAACACCAGAAUUUUUACCAGUCAGCGCCGCAGUGUUUUCGCACUUGUUCGCUCCAAGCGGCCGACCUGCUGAAACGAGCCUAUCGCAACCUUAUUACGCAUGCAAUAUCACUCACGACUAUGCGGUCAACAAUAUUUUUACUCGCCGCUGCGAGUGGCGUGAGCGCAAAGUGGAUAAGACGGUCCGGCGAGAGGGCACGGUUAUGGACACCACAAGAGACGGGAUAUGUUGCCGAGGAGGAUCAAGCCCUAGGCUGGACACCGAAACCUACACCGGCUCCCGGCGUCAAAUCAGAAGGCGAGCAUGUCCUGGAUUUAUUGCGGCGAGAAACGACAUCGACAUGGACGAACUCAGAAACUUGCGGAUGGGUCUCGGGCAUUUCAUCAUAUCCUUGGACGUGCGCCGUAAAUUCAACUUGCGCCACAAAUUUUGACAAUGUUGUCGCAUGCUCAUCGGGAACUUAUGCGCCGUUUUUCUCGGUUUGCUUCGAUUAUGCUGCAUACCAGGGCAGCCAGUGUAGCAGUAUCGGUUCUUUGACCGGAUGUUGCAAUUUGUCGCAAUAUCCCGCGUGCGGAACUUAUAUCUGGACGGGCCAACCUCCACGAUCCAUGUUUAGAUGUUUCAGUGAAGCAACAAUUAUCUCCAUGUUGGACGAGCCACAAUUUGUCAUUGACGCCUCGCUUUCUUCGAAGACUAUGUCUACUACCAAAACAGGCACCACCGACGGCGCUGUAACAGCCACAGACAAUGUUGCCACAGCUAUUCCUGGUCAAGGUAGCACUACUACGAGUAAUCCAAGUUCCUCAGCCAGCAACACCGGCGCCAUUGUUGGCGGAGUCGUGGGUGGAGUAGGGGGUCUGGCCCUCAUCGCGGGUUUAAUCGCCUUCCUCGUCUUGCGCAAUAAAAAGAAGAAGCGCGAGGCACAAAGCUAUAAUACUGUUCCCGCUAACGACCAAAACGAGCCUCAGCACCCGGGUGUGGCCACACCUGCAAUGUCGUACAUGAACCCUGGCGAGACGACCUACCCACCACCAUUGCAAUAUGGCGGACAGCCACCAAACCAGAACCUUCGGCAGAGUAUGAUCAAGCCGUAUGACCCGAAUACUCCGCAGCAGCAGCAAUACGACCCCAACGCUCAUGUUUACUACGGGUAUAACAACAACGCGGCACCAGGCCAGUCGAGUCUCAACGACUCCAAUGCCCUGUAUCACGGCGCGCGGAGCACAAGGACGGGAUCGAGUCCACCGCACAGCCCGGGGCAGUCGGGGUAUCAAUACCCGCAAUUAACAGGGAGUUCGGUGGGGUACGAGGGACAGCAGAAUACAGCACCAGUUACCGAACUCGAUGGGGAUGCACCAGCGGGCUACCAUUCGAAUCCGAUCGAGAUGGCGUCGGCACCGCAGCGGUAUUAGUCGUUUCACUAUGAUGAGACGUGAGUGCUGAUUAAAUCUAGAUGAGGAGCGCACGGAUUCGAUCAGGAUACGCCUACUUAUUUAUACUGUACAUAAUGUGCCUUUGCUGAAAUGCUCUUUUAUGAAGGUACCCGAGCGAGCCUGGAUAGAGCCUAGCAUGACUUGCUAUAGUUUAUACCCAGAGAUAUACCCAGAGAUUUUAAUGGUGAUCAACAUCUGAGAAAGUUAGCAAUCUAUGCUCGUAGCUAGCUACAAUGUUAAUGCAACUCUGCAAACUGUUCUGCACAAAAACCCCUGAAGAUGAUGACACGAGAAUGUAAACCGAUCUACGUUAGUGACGACAGCCCCUUUCCAUAAACCCAUAACUUGGUCACCAAAGCUAUUCAUAUACUCAUC